CCAAAACAGAUCAGAUCAACAACUUUCACGUGUCAGAUUUAUUUACCUCUCAUGACGUUAUGAGUUUACUUAGUAUCGAAUUCGUGGACCCAGAAAGUCUCGAGAUCAAAAACGAAACAAUCGAGGAGGAUAUUUCCAAUGCUUAUUCCGAAAAAUCCUGUUCAGAUUCUGGCGUUCCUAAUGCAAAAUGUGGCGAAAUAUUCACCUCAAGCAAUUGUGGUUUUAUCUUAAUGUGUGCAUUCUGUGGUGAUUGUUACAGAAAUAUUCCGGAAUUUGGAGAGCAUCUGCAUCAACAUCAUAAAAACCAAGAUGUGGAUUUCUACGAAAGUCUUUGGGAUAGCGAGAAUGAGGCAAGUGUGGACAGUUUCGGUAGAGAUGAAGAGCACGAUGUCGAUGAUUGCGAGGCGCUUGAAGAGGAGUUUGAAUGUGAGACUUGUAAAAAACAGUUCGUGUCGCACCGGCUACUCGAACAGCAUAAAUGUCAGUCUGUAUCCAGUCAACACAUUUCGGAAACUAAGGAAGAAGGUGCUGAGAAAGUUGACUCUAAGCAUCCAGUCAAAAACGAGUCAUCAAAUUCUAAAUGGUCUUGCAAUGUCUGCAACGAACAGUGCCCCAGCCAGCAGUUGCUGCGACAACACAAGUGUAAACUCAGUAAAAAGUCCAAAGAAAAGUCCGUUGUAAAGGAUACACCGGACAAUCUCGAAACAACGGAAGAGUCUUCCCAACAAAUUCCCGAGGAUCAUUCAGACUUCACUAACAACAGUAAGAAGCAGAACGAUCUAAGCAAACCUGGCAGUAAAUCUAAAAGGCCGCAAGGGAAAAAGGUAAACCCAGAUUUCUACUGUGAAAUCUGUGACCAACUAUUCAGCUACAAAAGCUUCUUCAGAAAACAUGGGAUGCGUCAUGCAGUAGCACCGAUCGCGCUACAAAAUGAUCCUGAAUAUCUGAAAUGCCACUAUUGUGGUUUGAAACUCGCAAACAACGCCGAGUGGUAUGAUCACGAGAAUUCUCACACGGAGGACACUAAAUACAAGUGCCCCUGUUGCCCGAAAAGUUUCAAAAGACGUUAUCAACUCAAAUUGCACGCGAACUCCCACACGGGGGAUCGACCCUACAAAUGUCCUCACUGCAAGGCCGCGUUCUCUAACCCCACCAACAUGCAAACCCACGUCAAGCGCGUUCACCUGCGCCUAAUGCCGCACGAAUGCACCCUCUGCGACAAGAAGUUCGUCAAACCCGUGGAACUUACCAUCCACAUGCGCCAACACACCGGUGAAAAACCUUAUCAAUGCGAGGAAUGUGGGAAAAAGUUCAUACUAGCCGUGCAACUCAACGAACACCGCAGGCGACAUGCAAACUUGCGGGACGCCAAGUGUCCUUUGUGUCCGAUGGCCUUUAACGGUAAGAAGAUGCUAUCCAGACACAUGGUUAAGCAUUCGGAUUUACGCCCCCAUAAAUGUGCAACGUGCGGUCAGGCUUUUAGCCGGAAAAACGCUUUGGUCGCUCACACUAAAAUCCAUCAAGAUUUCAAGGAGUACGUUUGUCCCAUUUGUGGAAAGGCAUUCGCUCAGCGAGCUGGACUGUAUUCACACAAAAAAUCACAUGUGACCCCGCUAAAUUCAUAGCAUAAGUUUGUGGUGUUUGUCCAAUUGAUAUGAACGUGAUUAGUGAAGCGCAAUAAAAUUAUUCUUGAAACCGUUCAGUAUGGACGCGGAUCCUCUUGGGAGUCCUACACUGUCGCGCGACUUUUUCUAAGAAAAUGGCACCAAAUUUAGGAAUAAAAAAUUGAUUGGCGUAGUUUUUAUUAUUAAAAAUAAAGUAAU